AUGAAUAGUUCAAGUAGUAGUAGAGUAGUGAUACGAUCAUUAUGUACUAGUCAAAAAUUACUUAAUGCUGAAAAGAAACAAUAUACUCCAGCCUUUCUUAAAACUAUAAGUAAUGCAACUAAAUCACCAUUAAGACAAUCUAUAGCCAUUACAAGACCUAUAGGAUUAGAAAGACCAACAAUUAUCAAUAGUAAACAUAAUCUGUUUCAAAUAAGUGGGAUAUUUAAAGAAUUAUUUGGAUCUGAAGCAAAAGAAAGAAGAAGAGAACUGGUAGAUUAUGAUCUUAAACAUUCUUUAUUUUAUGAAGCUAAAUCAUUUACUAAUACUAAGGGUAAAAUCUUUACCCCACCUAUUUCUUAUUUUAAAAAGGAAAAGGCAAAAUACUUUCCAAAUUUUAUUGCUCAUCCAUUAAUUGGUCCUGAGACUGAAUUUUAUCAAUCAUUAAAGGGGAAAGUGAGUAUUGUAAGAAUGUUUUCAAAACAAUCAGCAUUUGAUUGUGUAAAGACAUAUUUUGAAACUAAUAAAGGAGAUUUGGCUACUGAUAAAUAUAGUGAAUUUUUAUCACAACAUUCAAAAUCACAAAUAAUAGAUAUAACUUUACCAAAUAGAUGGUAUGAAGGUUAUUUCUUAAAGAAAGCUAGUGGAUCUAUUUUGAAGAAAUUACCAAUAGAAAGAAAAGAUAAGUAUUUCAUUCUUCCUUUACUGGAAUUUCCAUAUUCUGUACGUCAACAAUUAGUAUUUGAAAUCUCAACUACAGGAUAUAUAUAUGUGGUUGAUCAAGAUGGUAAAAUUAGAUGGUGUACUAGUGGUAAUGCCAAUCCAGAAGAAUUAGCAUUUUUAAAUAAAUGUAUUUCUAAAUUAGAACAAGAAUUAGACCAAUCUCAAGUAAACAAUAUAGAAGAAGUUUCAUCUGAAACUAGUGCUUGA